CUCACCUGCAGCGGAGCUCGACAUCAGAGUCGCGUUCGGCACGGGGCGACACCUUGGCUGCCCCUGGCUCUUCGAUGGGCUGGGGGGGGAGCUGGCGCACGUGGCCCGUCCGGGCGAGAUACACCUGGACGACGAUGAGCCCUACAGCGCACCCCCGAUGGAGCAAGGAGUCAACCUGCUGCAGGUGCUGCUACACGAGAUCGGACACGUCCUGGGACUGCCGCACCUGCCCUCCCCCGACUCGGUGAUGCACCCGCAGUAUCCCGCCAGCGGCGGCACUAUGGAGCUGAGCCUGCAGGACCGGACAGCCAUCCAGGAGCUGUACGGGCGCUGCGAGGGCUCCUUCGACACCGUCUUCGAUUGGGUCACCGUCGGCCACCAGGGGGAGUCGGCAGCCCGUUUCAACACCUACUUCCUGCGCGGAGACCAGUACUGGCUGUACGACAACAGCAGGGGGCGCCCACGAGCACGAGACCCCCGGAGGGUGGAGCAGGGGUGGGGCGGAUUGCCCGGCGGGGGGGUGGACGCCCACGUUCACGUUUGGACCCCCGACAUGGACGCAACGCUCUUCUUCAAAGGGACCCAGUACUGGCUGUACGACCGCGGGGCUCACCGCACCGUUACCCAGGAUCCCGAGGGACAGCGGUACCCACGCGGGAUCUCCGAAGGCUUCCCGGGGGUCACGGGGCCACUGGACACGGCAAUGUUUUCCCACCACACUGGGCUCAUCUAUUUCUUCAAGGGCCACCAGGUGUGGGGCUACAAUGUGACCAGGCAUGGGGUGCAGGAUGGCUUCCCCAAACAUCUGGAGGACAUGUUUCCAUCUUCACAGCCCAACGACCACCCCGCAGCCCACCUGGACGCUGCCUACUUCUCCUACUCUCACAGCACCCUGUUCCUCAUCAAAGGCCUCUUCUUCUGGGAGGUGUCCGGAGGGCCUUCCCACAAUGCACUGCUGCCCCGGAGGAGAGUGGCAGAGCAGUGGAAGGACCUGUGCGGCGUCCACUGAGGGACUCACAUCUGAAUGUGUAGAGUACUGGAUGGCAAACAUGCUGGUUUCUCUGGCUGGACGGUGGAGC